AUGGACGACUCUGGCGCGUCGGCCCGCGACACAGAAGCCGCGGUCGCUUCUGGAGCUUCUAGCGUCGCUGAUGCUAGUGACUCGGCUUUAUUGGCGAAAAUGGGGUAUAAGCAGGAGUUGAAAAGGCAGUAUUCUACGCCGCAGGUUUUUGCUAUCGCAUUUAGUAUUAUGGGCUUGGUGCCCUCUAUUGCGUCGACUGUGACGUUUUCUUUGCCUGCGGGCCCGGUUGGGAUGGUUUGGGGAUGGUUUACUGCCAGUAUAUUUAUUUUCUUGGUCGGGCUUGCAAUGUCCGAUCUUGCCUCUGCAAUGCCCACUGCUGGCGGUCUUUAUUGGUGGACACAUUACUUCGCAGGUCCAAAAUGGAAGAAUCCAUUAAGCUUCUUAAUCGGAUACAGUAACACUCUUGGCCUGAUUGGCGGCGUGUGUUCUGUAGACUACACACUUGCGCUUAUGAUAAUCUCAUGCGUUAGUAUCGCGCAAGACGACGGAUGGUCUCCAUCGCGCGGCGUCAUUUAUGCCCUCUACGUGGCUCUCAUCUUGAUACACGGACUCUCCGCCGCCUUAACAGGCCGCUUAAUGCCGAGGAUUCAAACAUGCUGCAUCUAUAUCAACAUUGCGCUCGUAAUUGCGACUGUGAUCGCAUUACCAGUUGGCAAAGUUACUCGUGGAGAGCCCCUCAAUUCUGGCAGUUAUGUCUUUGGUCAUCUUGACAAUGAAACUACUUGGCCGACUGGUUGGGCAUUCAUGCUUGCGUGGCUUGCGCCAAUCUGGUCUAUCGGUUCUUUUGACUCGUGUGUCCAUAUGAGUGAGGAGGCGAUGCAUGCUGGCAAAGCUGUUCCUUUGGGAAUCAUGUUUUCUGCUGGCUCGGCGUGUGUUCUUGGUUUUCUCGUGUUGACCGUUAUGGCUGCUACGAUGAAUCAGGAUGUUUCGCAUACAAUUAACAGUAAAUUUGGCCAGCCGAUGGCGCAGAUUUACUACGAUGCCUUGGGUAAAAAUGGUGCGUUAGGUUUUAUGAUCGUUCUGUGCAUCAUACAGUACCUCAUCGGUCUCAGUCUUCUUGUCGCUGCAUCCCGCCAAGCAUGGGCCUUCUCUCGCGAUGGUGCGCUUCCCUUCUCAACCUUCUUCCGCCAUGUCAGCAAGCGCAUCCAAUACCAGCCUGUGCGCAUGAUCUGUGGCCUGGUCGUUGCAUGUCUAAUUCUCGGCCUACUAUGCCUAAUCAACAACGCCGCUGCAAAUGCCCUAUUCUCACUCUUCGUCGCGAGCAAUUACUUAUCCUGGGGCACACCUAUAUUCUGCCGUAUAACAUGGGGCCAGGACCGGUUCCGACCGGGCGAAUUUUACACAGGAAGAUUAAGCAAGCCGAUAGCAUGCAUUGCUGUCAUUUACCUCAUGUUCGGCGUGAUUUUGUCCAUGUUCCCAACUGGGGGUCCUAAUCCGGCCCCUACGGAUAUGAAUUAUACUGUCGUCAUCAAUGGUUUCGUGUGGAUCGGAUGCAUGCUGUAUUACUUCUUUUUCGCCCGACAUUGGUAUACUGGGCCCCUUGUGACGAUGGAAGAGGAUCGAUCUGCUGAUUCGGAAACGUCUGGUCAUGAUCGCGCGAAUGUAGAUCAACAGGAUACACCUGUCAAUAUUAAAGAGGAGUAG